AUGACACGCGCGAUUGAGCGCAUCAACGAGAAGGAGCUCGCUGGUGCCACAAAGAAGUCAUGGCAUGACGACUACAAGGAUUCCGCAUACAUUUUCAUCGGCAACUUGGACUACCACCUCACGGAAGGCGACGUCCUCGCCGUCUUCUCACAGUAUGGUGAACCAACAGAUAUCAACCUCGUGCGAGACAAGGUACGUGGUGUGAGACGUGGGAGCUUCUUCAGUCAUGUGCGUGUUUCUGUGCGUGUCUGUCUGUCAGGGCACCUCUCUGCCUCUCUCUCCUCUUUGGCAGGGCGCACGCUUCGUGUCGACCACGUGCGGGACUACGAGGCGCCGGAGAUCCGAGAGAUGAAGCGCAUGCAGCGAAAGGGGAAACUGCACGAACACAUUGAGAAGCAACAGGAGGAAGUGGGUGACAGCGACGGCCCGCCGACGGCGCCCGUGCGCGAGGCCCUGCUCAAGGAGCUGCGCGGUGAAGGCAUGGUCACGGGCACGGGAGAGGUCCAGGAACGACAGCAGCAACAGGAGGGUGCAGAUGACACGCAAGACGACGAGUACGACUUGGAGGCAGCGUUGAAGAGACAGCGUAAGAAGGCAAAGAAGCAAGCGAAGAAGGAGAAAAAGAAGGAAAAGAAGGAAAAGAAGAAGAGGAAAAAGGAGAAGAAGGAGAAGCACAGGAGGAGCAAGGAUGAACCUGGACACGUCGGCAGCAAUGACGGCAGCGACAGCGACAACCACAGCCAAGACAGCAAACAGCAAAGAGCAACAGCACAGGACUCCGUACCAGCAUCAACAAGGCGACAUGACAGCCCAGACGCCCACAGUCCCCGUGGAGGUGACGAUGAACACCGCCAUCGCCAGGACAGAGGCGCAGUGCGUUAUGAGGGCCGCCACCGAGACAGGCGCGUCUCUUCCUCACGCGGCCGACGCAGCCGCAGCCGUGACAGGAGCAGAGGUCACGAUGACGGGCACCGUGACCGGGAACGAGAGCGGGAUCGCCGCCAUGAUCGCCGCGACUACAGGCGGAGGAGCAGGAGCAGGAGCCCCGUGCGAAGGCGUUGAUGAAGGGGAAGGGCGUGUGUUGUGUGUGUGUGUGUGUGUGUGUAUGUGUGUAUGUGUGUGUGUGCGUAUGUGUGUGUGUGUGCGUGUGUGUAUUGCGUGGUGCAUUUGUGGUAGUUGUGUGUUUGUGGACGUUGCACAGUAAACCUUCACGUCAAAAAG